AUGGUGACCUCCGAUUACAGCGAUUCCGGUGCAUCGGACCAAGACAUCCUCGAGGCGCAGUCAGGGGCUAGGAAGAGAAGAAGAUUAUCGCCGACCGAGGUUGAGAGUUCGGCCUCCGAAGCUGAAGCUGUGAAACCGCUGCCGGUAACAGCACCAUCGAUCUCGCGCAUCAAAGCGAAGCAGCAAAACACAUCAAACAUUGAUGCACAAUCGCCUGGGCUUCCCGGAACCGCACCGAAAACGAUCCCAAAACUGGAUUUCACAUCGCUCAACGUAGCGCCAUGGCUCGUGCAGUCGCUCGCCAGCAUGGAGAUCAAGCGCCCAACAGGUAUUCAAGCCUCUUGUAUCCCUGAGAUCCUAAAAGGGAAGGACUGUAUCGGUGGAUCAAGAACCGGUACAGGUAAAACUGUAGCGUUUUCUGUACCGAUAUUGCAGAAGUGGGCCGAAGACCCGAGCGGCAUCUUCGCCGUUAUUGUCACACCCACUCGCGAGCUCGCAAUCCAGAUCUACGAGCAAGUCAAAGCAAUCUCAGCGCCGCAAUCAAUGAAGCCCAUUCUUAUCACUGGAGGCUCAGACCAGCGCUCCCAAGCCAUUGCUCUCGCCUCACGUCCUCACGUUGUCAUUGCAACACCAGGUCGCCUAGCAGAGCACAUCCGCACUUCAGGCGAAGACACUAUCUGUGGUCUCCGCCGUGUGCGCUUUGUCGUCUUCGAUGAAGCCGAUCGUCUACUCGCCCCAGGCAAAGGCUCCAUGCUGCCCGACCUUGAAACCUGUUUGUCCGCCCUACCCCCCAAGGAAACGCGGCAAACCCUCCUAUUCACCGCGACCGUAACGCCCGAGGUCCUGGCACUCAAGUCCCAACCUCGCGCUUCAGGCCGUCUCCCCAUCUUCGUUUCCGAAGUCGACACAGAGGAUCUUGCGAUUCCACCAAAAUUACAGCAAAAGUACCUACAAACCCCCGUUACGCACAAAGAAUGCUACCUCCACGUCCUAUUAAACACACCGGAGAACAGCAAAAAGAGCGUCAUCAUAUUCUGCAAUCGUACCAAAACGGCUACCCUCCUGGAGUACAUGCUCCGCCUCCUCGAUCACCGCGUCACAGCACUCCACUCUGGUCUCAAGCAAAACGAUCGCGUGGGUAACCUCGCUAGGUUCCGUGCGCAGGCUGCUAGGAUCCUCGUCGCUACUGAUGUCGCGGCCCGUGGUUUGGAUAUCCCGGAGGUGGCGCUCGUUAUCAACUUCGACGUACCUCGCGACCCGGAUGAUUAUAUUCAUCGUGUUGGUCGUACUGCGCGUGCUGGUAGGGUUGGUACAAGUAUUACUCUGAUUGGACAGAGGGAUGUGGAGCUUAUCCUGGCGAUCGAAGCGCGUGUGGGAAAGAAGAUGGAGGAGUUUGAGGAGGAAGGUGUUAGCGUUGAAGGCAGGGUUGUAAGGGAUGCGCUGAAGCCUGUUACGGAGAAGAAGCGUGAAGCCUUGCUGAGUAUUGAGGAAGGCAGAGAUGUAAUGGGGAAGCGUCAGGUAGGCAUGAAGAAGAAGCGAGCGGAAUAG